UCUCUGUCCCACCUUGAACGUGCCCAACGAUGUCUUCCGCUCGCUUCUUCGAGUGCGCAUCACAUAUGCAAUUCUAUGGUGGCCAGUCAUUCACGAAUGCAAAUCAAAUCAUCAACUACAACUAUCCACCACCUGAACCUGUAUCGUCGAAGAAUGCUGAUGCUGCUGUGUCACACACCAGCGUAGUGGACAAAGGAUUAGACAGGUAGACAUGUGUGACAUACUCAUUCUGCGCGAAGUCUCCUCAGAGACGUACCGUGUGUCGGUCAAAUUGAACUCGACAAACCCAUUUCGAAGUGACAGGGUGGGAGGCGUUGUGAAGAUCCAGAAAACGACGCAAAGCGCGGAAAUUGUUCCUGGGUUUGGAGAUCGGCAGUUUACAGUCGUUUCACUUGAACCCGAGGACAAUGGAGAUGUUGAGAAGAUAUGGACGGUACUAGAGCCACUGUAUGACGUUGUUCUGUCUCGACGUCGAGUAUGGCUUCCACAACUCUUUGGAGUGGGUCGGUCAACGAUACCAACGCUGAUAUACCACGACGAGGUUGUCGAUGCGGGGACUAUCAUAGAUCAAUACGAAAAGACACCGAUUGUAUUGACCUACCUGAACUACAGAUAUUGGCAUUCCUUUUUUCACGUGCGAGACGAUGAGACUCUGCGGAAGUUGUCAAUUCCGCAUUCGAGCGAAAACUGGACAUUCAAUCUGAGGACUGGUUCAUUCCAGUAUGAUAUCAUAACCACGGCACUCUCCGGCGAAGGCGGUUCUCAACGGCGCUACUUUGAUCAAUUGCCCCCACUUCCACCCGAUUGCAAUCCACUGCUCGAUUCCAAGGAGAUCAUCCGCGCUGUUCCGGACUUCUUACAGUUGAUUUCAUCAUUCAGAGGUCGCAUCAAGGCAGCCAAACUUAUCCGCCAUGACCUUGUCACAUUUGGCACUGUCGUUGAUCGCACAACACACAGAAUCCUCGCAUACUUUCCUUCCAUCUCACCUCCUGUGUGGUGCUGUCGACUUCCCGUUGGUACUCCCGACGUCGUUGGCAAGUACUCAACAUCAGUCCCUUCGCUUGUUGAUCUCACUUUCACGAGGAAAAACAAUAUAUGGAAAAUGAAACUUCUAUUCUCAUUAACCCUACCACCAGAAGACUGCCAACGACUGCGGACUGCAUACCUCGCGCAGUCAUUCCCUUUCUACGACUACAACAACCAUCGGGACUCCAAUGCCUUGGCCUGCGUCGAUGAAUUUGUCGUCUAUCUGAAUGCGAUCUUCACGUCUGAUCCGUCCACUUGCGAUCCACCAAAAUAUCUGCACGUCCCACCUCUAUCCACCACUUGGAUCAACGAUAUGCCCUGCAUUUACUGGCCAUUAAACAAUCGACUAUUUUACUGGUCCUUUGACCGUAGUGGGGAGAAGGAGAUUCCAGAAGAGGACUGGGAGAAAUAUGGAAUCCCAGAGCUGAAAGUAGACACAUAUAUUGGGUCAAACUGGUUGGAGCCGUACUAUAGGGCAUUUCGGGAGUAUCUUUCCUUAAAGGACUAUGACUUCCAGAGUGGUCAACAGUUCGCAGAUGAUCAUGGUUAUCCGAUUCUCGUCAAAGGCAACCCUCACAUUCGGGCUGAAAACUCCUUAGAGAGAGGAGACCUUCAUGCACCUGGCCCGAUGAGAAAACAUCCGAAAUCAAAACUACAAAGACUGGCAACUUGGGUCGGGAAAACUGUCAAAAGAUCAUCCGGGAAAAAAGCAAAGGGCAAAGGAAAAGCCCACGGAGCAGAUUCGCAAGUCGAGGCUGGCCGUUCCGGACAAUCAUCCAUAGUCGAUAUUUCAGAUCGAUAGCACAUACUUUCGUGUAUCAGUGCUCGUGUCCGUUCCAUCUCUAACGUUCAAACCGUA